ACUUUCCAGCCCAACAAUUAUCUUGCAGACGUAUUGGAGUCUGCACAACGUGCGUAUGUCUAGCCAUCGCUGCUGCGAGCUGACAUAAUCUUGAUGGUGUCUUGCAGAAGGCUAUGCUCCUGUUGCCUCUGGUCCUGCUGCAUGCAACGGCGCUUGCCAUAGGUUCCACAGGGAUAAGGGAUUCUGAGGCUUGCGCCACUUCAUUUGGCAAGACUUUGCCGCCAUUCAGAUUUGGCGGCCGCGAUGACAGGCGUAACUUCGCUGCUGCGUUCAAACCAAAGGCAUUGUUUGCGAGCAUCGCGCACACUCAAAAGCAGGAUCAGUUGUUCGUACCAACGCCGGGCGGCCAUAAGCUCGAUAAUAUCUCCACGUUUCAACACACGACGUUGCUACAUCCCGCAUUCCCGCAUCACACUGUCCGUAUCAAGAAGUCGGACUUCUGCGACGGAACUGUCAGAGCCUAUACAGGAUAUAUUGAUGUCGAGGCCCGUCAUCUAUUCUUCUACUUCUUCGAGAGUAGACGAGAUCCGCUCAAAGAUGACUUCAUAUCGUGGAUGAACGGAGGCUCUGCCGCAACAGGGCUGUUCAUGGAGCUAGGCCCCUGCCUAGUUGUCAAAUCAAGCAGCACGGCUUACAACCCAGAUUCAUGGAAUAGCAACGCCAAUAUGAUUUUCAUUGACCAACCGGUUGGAGUCGGGUACUCGUACGCAGAGUACGGGGAAGCAGUUAGCACGACAUUUGAGGCAGCAAAGGAUGUUGCCGCAUUCUUCGCGAUAUUCUUCGAGUACUUCUCUGAGUUCAGCGGCAGACCGCUUCACAUGGCCGGGGAAUCCUAUGCUGGACGUUUCAUUCCUGUCGUGGCUUCAGAAGUGCAUGACCAGAACCCUCGUCUCGUUGAGGCCGGUAUGCAUCCAGUGAACUUGAGUUCCAUCAUGUUGGGGAAUGGUCUGACGGAUUUUGAGUCGAUAUUCUCCGCGUACUACGACAUGCGCUGUACCUCAAGAACCGUACCACCCAUACAAGACAUCAAGUCAUGCGUUCGGUUGAAACAGUCACUAGCCAGAUGCGAGAAGUGGCUGAAGGAGUCAUGCUUUGACCGCUAUGAAAGCAUCAACUGCAAAGCCGCAGACGACUUCUGCGAGCAAGAACUCCUCGCUACGUUUCCAUGGGGUGUGAAUCCGUACGACUUGACUAUGCGAUGUGGCGGCGAGUGGAACGAUACACUGUGCUAUCCGGUCACAAAAGACAUCACGGCAUAUCUAAGCAGGUCUGACAUCCGCAUCCAACUCGGUGUCGAUCCUACAGUGCCGCCCAACUUCACGAACAUCAAUCACGGCUUCCUCACCACCCUCUGGGCCAAUGGAGAUCGGAUGUUCCCUGCACACCACUAUGUCGCUGCGCUCCUCGAGCGAGGAGUCCGUGUGCUGACCUACGUCGGCGUAAACGACGUCCUGUGCAACUGGAUCGGGCAAGAACGUAUGACGCUCGCUAUGGAGUGGAGCGGCCAGAAGCAGUUUGUCGGGCAGCCCCUCGAGGAGUGGACUGUAGAAGGCAGAGUCGCAGGAAAGACGAGAGUUGCCGGACCACUCACCUUUGCGACUAUCCACGGCGCCGGACACAUGGCACCUUAUGACAAACCAAAGGAGACGCUAGAAAUGGUCCAGCGAUGGCUUACGCAGGAGCCACUAUAAGAACAAUGUCUAUGCGCUGGCCAAUACGAUCGAGAGACCACGAGCUCGAGAUGAUAUCCUUGCCGAGACCUACGGCUCACGGACGCGAAACACGAAAG